ACACUAUGCGGGCAUUUGCUGCGACUGUACAGGGAGGGGAGGCGGUUCAGUCGGGCUGACGGGAGCCGGAGCGCACCGAGCUAAGCACGCCAAACCGGUGACGCAUUCGUUAACGCUAGCCGGGUAAUUAGCCCCGCGGCUACAGCAGGCAGCCAUGAUGUUUUCCACCGCGGCCUCUUUGCUCAAAGCCCCCAGAGCCCUCCGCUGCGCCAGACUGCUGCGCUCUUCCCCGGCCUCCAAGAUGCCCAUUCAGGUUGGUGAAGCUCUUCCUGCCGUGGAGGUUCAGGAGGGUGAACCAGGAAAUAAAGUGGUGAUGGAUCAGCUGUUUAAGGGGAAAAAAGGAGUCCUCUUCGCUGUACCUGGAGCCUUUACCCCUGGCUGCUCUAAGACUCACCUUCCGGGCUUUGUGCAGCAAGCUGAGGAGUUGAGAAGUAAAGGUAUACAGGAGGUGGCGUGCAUCUCUGUCAACGAUGCAUUUGUCAUGGCUGCAUGGGGGAAGGAGCAUGGAGCAGAUGGGAAGGUUCGAAUGCUGGCUGAUCCCACUGGUGCAUUUGCAAAGGCAGUCGACCUGCUACUUGACAGUGAUCAGAUUGUGCAGGUACUGGGCAACCAUCGCUCCAAGAGAUAUGCAAUGUUGGUGGAAGACGGAGUCGUGAAGAAGAUCAACGUGGAGCCUGACGGCACCGGGCUGACCUGCAGUCUUUCCUCCAGCGUUUUAGCCGGGCUGUAGGCCUGCUGCUGAGCUCAUCAAACCCAGCUCCUCUCAGUCCGUUACUGUGAAAGCUGUCUGGAUGAAGCUCGCCCCCCUACCUAUUCGACCAUGGCCCUUUUUCCAAAGAAGGGUGCAGAUGCUGCACCCUGGUGACGGGAGGAAGCUGAUUAAUGCGCACAAUUAUGACAUGAAGGGCCUUUCCUAGGACGGUCCGUUAGUCUAUGCAUACUGCUACUUUAUAGUCAAUAAACUUCACUCUUUCCCUCAU